UUUACUGUUGAAUCAUUUUAAAUAGUUUUCAGUUUUGUGUAGUAAUUAAGUAAAAUACUAUUGAUGCAGGGCCAUCUACCAAAAUUCGGCUUUUUUGCAGCGCGCGUCGUUUUACUUGCAAUUAGAUUAAUUGUGGAUUUGUCUGCGCGCGCUCCCGGGUGUGUGUGCGUGCGUGCGCUUGUGUAUUGGUGCUGAAGUUGCAUUGCAGGGGUGGGACUCCUGCAUUCUCAUCUUCAUCAUCAUGCGCAGCGGAAAACACACACACUUGAGAUCUAAAAACACAUAUCUGAUUUGACCCGACCGCACACGCAGGCGCACCCGUCAGAUGUAAUCGGAUCGUGCACACUCGUCUGAUGCGUUAGUGCAUGAUAAUUGAUGGAUGAAAGUCUGCAUGAGCACGAGAGGGAGAAACAGAGACUCCUAAAGGUGGCAGUAUGUCUGUGCAUGGUCAGAAUAUUUCAGAAUAUCAUCUGAGCGUGGUACUUGAUCCUCCUGGAUGGGAGGUGUGUUUGUAUGCGUUUGGGUUCUUGCUUCUGUUUGCCGUGGUUAUAGUGAAUCUGUGGAAAUUAUUUAAAUCCGGCUCCUUCCCGGCUCCCUCUCCAUUUCCCAACUUCAACUACCGAUACCUGCAGGAAAAAUAUGGCUCCUCCCACUCAGAGAUCAGACAGAAGCGUGUCGCAGCUAACAACCAGCGGAGAGUGUCGUCAGCGAGUCGAAAACCGAGUUUCCAGCUGUUGGAUACCCCCGACGGGUUUCGAGAGCUGGGAACGCUGGAGCUGAUGAGUCGAGAGCUGGAUCCCAGCGGCACCCUGAAUCGAUCCAUGUCCUCCGAAUCUCUGUGUUCCAUCUCGUCCGUCGCUCAAACCUUCGGACACGACUUCACGGUGGGCCAGCUGGAGAUCACGCUGGAGCUGGACUCUCGAAACUCGGUUCUGCUCGUCUCGCUGCACCAGGGUAAAGACCUGCUGGAGAAAGAGGAGGAGAACUUUCCUGGGUGCUACAUCAGCGUCAUGCUGGUUCCUCAGCAGAUCAGCCUGGGGGCCACACAGGUUCAAAGAAACGCCUUCACCGUGAUGUUUGAUGAGCGCUUCUCUAUCCCGUCAGACUCGGUGAAUCUGGACGAGAACAGUCUGAGGUUCUCGGCUUUCGGCGUGGAUUCAGAUGAAAGAAACAUCAGUGCUGGCGUGGCUGAACUUAAGCUGUCAGAUCUGGAUCUUUCAGUCCGGCCGUUUAAUGCCUGGCUUUACCUCCAGGACAUCAACAAGGCCGUGGACGCUGUUGGUGAAAUACUGUUAUCUUUAAGUUAUUUGCCCACUGCAGAGCGACUCACUGUGGUCGUGGCCAAAGCAAAGAAUCUGGUCUGGAGCAAUGGAAAGACUACAGCAGAUCCGUUUGUUAAAGUCUACUUGCUCCAGGACGGCAGAAAGAUCAGUAAAAAGAAAACCUCCAUAAAAAGAGACGAUACAAACCCCAUCUUUAAUGAGGCCAUGAUCUUCUCUGUGCCUGCAAUCGUUCUGCAGGAUCUGUCUUUGAGAGUGACCGUCGCUGAGAGCACAGAGGACGGGCGAGGUGAAAACAUAGGUCACGUGAUCAUCGGACCAGAAGCCAGUGGAAUGGGAAUAACUCACUGGAACCAGAUGCUUGCCACACUGCGAAAACCAGUUUCAAUGUGGCACCCGCUCCGGAGGACCUAAUUCAUGACCCCUAACCUCUGACUCUCGUCUGCAUGGUGCCUACUGUCAAGCAGUCGUAGCAGUGAAGACGUUUGAAUAUGCUGAGAACAAAGUUGAGUCCCGAAAACAGCAGUCUGGUCGCACACACUGCAGAUAGGGACAGAUGGGUCUAUAAAAGAGAAUUUAAGUGGCUCAGGAUGACUCCUGGAAGGGUCUAUGAAAUCCAGGUUUUAUUAUCCAGGUUAAAUCCAUUUGUACAUAUUGAUAACAGGGUGGCUGAUCGUCUGGGAGCGUAUAAGAGAUGCGAAUAGCCGUAGCCACAUUUUGUUGCGCUAGACAUUUAAAACAUAUAAAGAAUGACAUGUUUAGCUAUAAAUACUUUUUGGAGGGGUGAAUAGUUUUAUUUUCCCGGCUUGAUAAAGUUAAGGCAUACUAACAACAACCUUGGGGUUAUCUAUCCCUUUUCUCAGGCAAGUGUAAUUACACUUAUUAGCCUAAUGGUGGCACCAUUGAGCCACAUCAUGUGCAGCAUUGAGUUGUUGGAGAUAUUUUUGUUUCCCAUAUUGGCUUUGAUGUCAUUUAAAAUCAAAGCACUAAACUAUCAUGAACUUAAGAUAAUGCAUUCAACAACUAGGUGACGUUUAGAAAAAAAAGUAUGAUAUUACUGAUUAUGUUUAAGUUGUUAUAGGAUUAGUCUACUGGUUACUUUGAACAGCAGUCACAUAGGUACUUCAUUUCUAAAAUCCAACUUUGAUCAGAUUUAUUUAAUGUAAAAUGCUGUUUAGUGCAAUUGAAGGAUGUUUUUGCCCUGAUUAUUUACUGUAAGAUUUUAAGUGUUGAAACUAUAAAGUAUUUACCUGUUGCACACAUUUUGUUAAGGUGUUAUCUAAAUAAAAAGAAGUGCAAUCAUUUUUACCAAAA